AGUGUUGACGACAAGUGCGUCGAGGCCUCCGACCGACCAAUCCGGUUCUCCCAGUGCCAGCAACACUGCGCGCCAUUUGCUCGACGUCAGCCCGAAGAUUAAUAAAUUUGAAUAGGUUCAUAGGCAAGAAGAUUCCUGAAAUCACUUCAGCAGCAGACGCCGGCCAAGCCGUGUCCGCUCUUCGCUACAGAGAGAACGAGAGCCACAGAGAGAGAGAGAGGGAUACACUUUUCCAAAAGUGCCGUGUACCCCUACGACGAAGUCCAGACAGAUACAAGACCCACCGCGUUGCCUUUACAAGUCCAGUACCACCACACCCCCUGGUGCUACGACUCAUCUGUGUCUCGGAGUUCAUCAUAUCCCUUCCAGCUGUGAAAUCAUUACCGAAGCGACUACUGGGAUAGUAGACAAGCAUCCUGUUGGUCUGGGAUUCGAGCGCAACAAGUUUUUUUCUUUCCUGUGGAUUCAAGCGUUCCCCCCCUCUACCGGAAGUUUGCCCGGUCCUAUUGAUUUGUGCUGUAGACAAUAUAAACGUGUGGCCCCGGAUCUACCACCAUGCAUACUAACGAGCGCAACCCCGCCGACGGACCGGAGGAAGAAGACAUGCCGGCCACCGAGCGAGAUCUCGCCGAGGACGCGCCAUGGAAGCGCAUCCAGAAGAACACCUUCACCCGAUGGUGCAACGAGCACCUCAAGAAGGCCAACAAGAACAUCAACGAUCUCGAGACGGAUUUGAGCGACGGCUUACGACUGAUCGCGCUCAUCGAGGUUUUGUCGCACAAGAGAAUUCCACGCUACAACAAGAGGCCCACCUUUCGGGCCAUGAAACUAGAGAACGUCUCGGCGGCACUGCAGUUUCUAGAAGACGAACACAUCAAAAUUGUCAAUAUCGAUUCCAGUGACAUAGUGAACGGCAAGUUAAAGCUGAUCCUGGGUCUAAUAUGGACCCUCAUCCUGCACUACUCCAUCUCCAUGCCCAUGUGGGAGGGAGACGACGAGCCCGCGGUCAAACAGACGCCCAAGGAGAAACUUCUGGGCUUCGUGCAGGCCAAGGUGCCCGACCUGCCCGUCAAGAACUUCAACAAGGACUGGAACGACGGCAAGGCCUGCGGUGCGCUGGUGGACGCCUGCGCCCCUGGCCUGUGCCCUGACUGGGAGGACUGGAACCCCAAUGAUAAGGUGAAGAACUGUGAGGAGGCCAUGGACUUGGCCGACAAGUGGCUGGGAGUUCCCAAGCUCCUGAGCCCAGAGGACAUGGCCAGCCCCCAUGUGGAUGACCUCAGUGUGAUGACCUACGUCUCACAGUUCCCACAGGCCAAGCUCAAGCCUGGUGCUCCCCUCAGACCCAAGACUAACCCCAACAAGGCCCCAGCAGCACCACCAGCACAGCCAAAUAAGGUUCGUGUCUUCGGCAAGGGCGUGGAAGCGACCGGAAACCAGGUGGGCAGCCCCGCCCCCUUCACCAUCGACACGUUCAGCGCCGGUGGCGGAGACAUCAAGGUUUCCGUGGAGAACCCUCGCGGGAAACAGGAGCAGUUCAAACUGGAAGAGAACCUGAACAAGGCUAAGACAUACACCUGUACCUACACACCUACCAUGGAGGGCACCUAUGUGGUGAAAGUGAUCUUUGCUGGCAAGGAAGUGCCCAAGAGCCCCUUCAAGGUGGGCGUGGCCGCAAGCAAGAGCGACCCCAGCAAGUGCUCGGCCAAGGGACCCGGGCUCGAAUCCGCCGGCGUCGUGGCGAACAAGGCGACGUACUUCGACAUCUUUACAGCAGGUGCCGGACCCGGCGCUGUGAACGUUGUCAUCGCCGACCCUGACGGUAAGACGAACACGGUUCCCGUGGAGAUGGAACAGACGGGUGACGGACAGUUCCGUUGCACGUACAAACCACUGAAGAUGGGCAUCCACACCAUCACUGUCACCUUCGAUGGCAGCAACAUUCCAAAGAGCCCCUUCAAGGUCAACGUGGCCAUGCCGAAAGAAGACCCAGCCUCUACUACAGGAACGCUUAUAGACUUUGGCGACGACUCACCAACUAAAGGGAGUACGCAAAAGAAGGAGACUCCCCCAGCGUUCUCCUCGCCGGGCCUCCUGGACGAUGGUGGGAGUCUCGACACUAAAUCUCCCUCUGAUCCUCUCUCUAACCAACAAGCUCUUAAACCUGACUCUAGCCAAGACCUGCUCGGCUUUGACUCUGAAGAAGAAGACGAGGAUGCUGUGAACGCUGCGGCGUGCAGAGCGUAUGGACGUGGUAUCCAGGCCCGUGGCGUCCGUGCCAAGGAGGUCGCAGAUUUCCGUGUGGUGACCAAAGCCGCCGGGCAGGGCGAACUGAAGGUGUCCGUCAUCGGACCAGGUGGUAUGGAGAUGCCAGUCAAGGUGUCCGACCAGGGUGACGGUAACUACGCCUGUCAGUACAGGCCGGGCAAGCCUGGCGUCUACAAAGUCAACAUCACCUUCAGCGGACAGCACAUCCCAAAGAGCCCCUUCACCGUCAAUGUCGGCUCCGAGGCCAAGCCGUCCAGGAUUCGCGCGUACGGUCCUGGCUUGGAGGGCGGCCAGGUCGGCCACCCUGCCGAGUUUGUCGUAGAGACGGCCGGGGAAGAUAUUUCAGGUCUAGGUGGGUAUGAAGCGACCAAAGGACUAGGCUUUUCCAUCGAGGGUCCGUCGCAAGCCAAGAUCGAAUGUCAUGACAAUGGGGAUGGAUCCUGCGAUGUUGUGUACUGGCCAACGGAAGCUGGAGAGUACGCUGUGCACAUCGUGACAGAUGACGAAGACAUCGCCAACAGCCCCUACAUGGCGCAGAUCAGACCUCAAGACAAGAAGUUCACUCCUGGACAGGUGAAAGCAUACGGACCAGGACUGGAGAAGACCGGAAUCGUGGUUGGCCGCACCAUGGAGUUCACCGUGGACGCCAAGAAGGUUCCCGCGGGACAGCUGCAGAUCUGGGCGUACGACCAGGAGGCGGAGAAGAUGGACGUGAAAGUGCGCGACAACGGGAACAAGACGUACACCUGCACAUACACGCCAACCAAGGCCAUCCGCUACACUAUCGACAUCUCCUGGGACCAGGUCAACAUUCCCAACAGCCCCUUCAGGGUGCAUGUUGCUGAGGGCAGCUACCCCAACAAGGUGCGUGUGUAUGGCCCUGGUGUGGAGAAGACAGGACUGAAGUCAGGGAAGCCAACACAGUUCACUGUGGACUGCACUGAAGCAGGCAGUGGUGACGUCAGCAUUGGUAUCAAGUGCUCCCCAGGUGUGGUUGGCGAGAGGGAAGCCGACAUCGACUUUGACAUCGUGAAGAACGACAACGACACCUUCACGGUGAGCUACGUCCCCCCCGCGGCCGGGCGCUACACCAUCAUGGUCAUGUUCGGGGAGCAGGAGAUUCCCAAGAGCCCCUUCACCAUUCAGGUGGAGUCAGCUGGAGAUGCCAGCAAGGUGAAAGCUGAGGGACCUGGUCUGGAACCUACAGGUGUUGUGUCAGGAAAGCCCACCUACUUCACUGUCAACACACGUGGAGCCGGGGAGGGCAAACUGGACUUGGACUUUGUUGGACCAUCCAGGGGAGGAGGAGCGAAGGAUGUGAACAUUGUAGACAACAAGGAUGAGACCUUCACCGUACACUACACCCCGGUGGCUGCCGGCCCCAUGAACGUCAGCGUCAACUAUGCCGGCAAGCCCAUUCCCAAGAGCCCCUUCAAGGUCAAUGUGGCACCACCUGUUGACCUCAGCAAGGUCAAGGUCGAUGGGCUUGGAGAAAAGGUGAUUGUCAACCAGGAGAAGGAAUUCGUUGUGCACACGCGCGGCGCUGGCGGCCUAGGAGUCGUGGAAAUCACCAUUGUGUCCGUUACCACGAAGAAGGUGUUGAAGACCACUCGCGUUGAGAAGAGAGGAGACGAUUACAUCUGCGUCUUCACCGCACUAGAGGUCGGCAUGUACGCGGUGAAUGUCUCGUACGAUGGGUUGGUGGUCGACGGGAGCCCCUUCGGUUUUGAGGCGGUGCCCGGAGCUAACCCCGGCAAGGUCAAGGCGUACGGGCCGGGGUUGAAGGGCGGAAAGGUCAACAGGGAGCAGACGUUCACCAUCGACACGCGUGAGGCGGGACAGGGCGGACUCGGCCUGACCAUCGAGGGGCCCAGUGAGUCUCGUAUUGAGUGCAAGGACCGCGGAGACGGCACGUGUUCCGUGUCCUACUGGCCCGAGGACGUUGGAGAGUACAGCAUUAACGUCAUGUUCGCUGACCAGCACAUUCCCGGGUCACCGUUCCCCGCUAGGGUCGUUCCUGCACACGACGCCUCCAAGGUCAAGGCCAAAGGACCAGGGCUGUCUCCCGGCAACAAGGCCGGCGACCCCUGCGAGUUCACCGUCGACAUCCGGGAGGCAGGCGAGGCCGAACUCACCAUCGAGGUCAUCACGGAGACCGGGGAGCGCGUGGAUGUGAAGAUCGAGGAAACGCACGAAGGAACGUUCCGGAUCAAGUACGUGCCGCAGAUCGCGGGAUCCUACACCAUCACCAUCAAGUACGGAGGGGACCCCAUCCCGCAGGUGCCGAUCCGCAUCACCAUCGAACAGAAGGUGGACGUCAGCGGGAUCAGGUGUUACGGGCCUGGAGUCGAAGGUAUGUUUGUGGACGCCCCGACGGAGUUCACCAUUGAUGCAAAGUCCGUGAGCAGGAGGGGAGGUGACAACGUACGCUGUGUCGUACAGAACCCGUCCGGAGCCAAGACCGAGGCCGCGGUGAAGGACAACAGGGACGGAACCUAUACCGCCUCUUACACACCGUUUGAAGAAGGCCGCCAUCUGAUUGACGUGCUGUAUGAGGAACUACAGGUGCCGGGAGCGCCCUUCAAGGUCCAGGCUACGGAGGGCUGCGACCCGUCCAAGGUGCGCGCCUACGGGCCCGGACUGGAGGGCGGACUCACCGACAAGCCCCAACAGUUCACCAUCGAGACUAAGGGUGCUGGUACUGGUGGUCUAGGUCUGGCCAUCGAGGGCCCCUCGGAGGCCAAGAUGACGUGCAAGGACAACAAGGACGGCAGCUGCACCGUGGAGUACUUCCCCACCACCCCUGGGGACUACGACAUCCACAUCUCCUAUGGAGAACAGCCAAUCAGAGGAAGCCCAUUCUCUGUGCUGAUCAAGGAUGACAUUGACGUGUCCAAGGUCAAGGCGUACGGACCCGGUCUGGAGAAGACGGGCGUCCGUGCCCAGAACAUGCAGGUCUUCACUGUGGAUCACACCAAGACAGGCAGCGCACCUCUGGAUGUCAAGGUCACCUCUCAGAUGGGUGCAACAGUGAACACUGAGGUCACCGACAACCGUGACGGCACCCACACGGUCAAGUACAUCCCGCCCAGCGAGGGCGCCUGCAAGGUCGAUGUCAAGUACGACAACCAGAGCAUCCCACAGAGUCCGUUUAACGUCCGUGUAGAGCCUCCGUACGAUGCCAGUAAGGUUAAGGCGACAGGCCCGGGCCUGCAGCAGGGAGUACCUGCAUCCUUCCCCAUCUCCUUCACUAUCGAUUGCCGUGAUGCUGGCAAUGCUGACCUGGAAGUUAUCCUGGAGGACCCCGAUGGCAGGAUGAAGAGCCCAGAGAUCCACGACAAUGGAGACGGGACCUACACCAUCACCUACACCCCCGAGCAGUCCGGAAACUACACCAUCGAGAUCAAGUAUGGCGGCGAGCAGGUCCCGCGCUCUCCCUUCCGCAUCACCGUCAAACCCACCGGAGAUGCCAACAAGUGCUCCGUCACAGUGCGCAUCAGCCCACCCGGGCGUGUUGGGCAGGGGCAGUGGAUAGGUGACGGCAUGCAGCCCUACAUCCAGAUCGGAGAGGAGACCUGCGUCACCGUCAACUGCAAGACUGCCGGCAAGGGCAAGGUCAACUGCACCAUCCAGGACGCCAACGGCGAGGAUGUGGACGUUGACGUGGUCGAGAACGACGACGGAACGUUCGACAUCUUCUACACCGCGCAGCAACAGGGAGAGUACACCAUCACCAUCAGGUUUGGAGGUCAACACAUCCAGGGCAGCCCCUAUAAAGUACAGGCCGUGGAUGACCUGGCCAAGAUCCCUAACGGAACCUUCCAGCAGCAGUAUAUGGAGCAGCAGUCAUCAUCAUUUGCAUACUCAUCAAGCACUAGUAUGAUGAUGGAGGAACGUAGCACUAGUGUCACAACCCAGGAGGUUGAGGUUGAAGAGUCCCAACAACACGCGGAGAGACUCCACAGUGCCGUUUAUAAAACGGUUGACUUACUGUCGGAAGCCGAGAGCCAGCUUCAGACCACCAACGAACGGCUAUCGAGCCUGCAGAAAGAGCACGACGAUCUCUUAGAUCAGAACAGCAAACUCCACCGCUUGUACCACGACAAGCUCACAGAGGUGGAACAGCUGAAUUCUGAUCUGGUGGAGGUUCGCGGAAUGGCUGAGAUCAACUCGGCCAAGCUUCAAUCCAACAUCAGUAUCCUGAACGAAGAGGUCGAAGCUCUCAAGUCCAAGCACAAGAUCCAGGAGGGGCAGCUGAGAGAUCGCGAGUCGGAGAUCGAGGAACUUCGGCGCAGGAUUCGAGAACUGGAAGCCGAGAACGAGGCACUGAGGAAGAAGAUCGCAGACCUGCGACGGGAACUGGAUGACCAGACGGCAAACAUGGAACGCUACCAGCGAGAAGCGAGGGACGCAAACUCGGAGGUGGAGAGACUUGAGCAGCUACUGGCCCAGAGGGAGUCAGACAUCAGGGGCCUGCAGUCGGAUCUGCUGUCAGCUCGUGACGAGGUCAAUAUCACCAAGAUGAAGACAACUGAGAUAACCAGGGCCGAGAGCGAACAACUUUCCUCUCAGAUGAAGCUCAGUAACGACCUACAGAUGGCACUGAAUGAGAAACAGGGAAGGCUAGGAGCCAUGGAAGCUGAAGCGCGUAAACUUCGCUCCGACCUAGAAAUAUCGCGGCGGGACAAUGAAGAGAAAUUCGCUGAAAUCAACGGCCUGAAGAACAAGACGAGGGAUAUGGAGAGUGAAUUGUCUGGUCUGAACCAGAAGUUGUACCAAGACAAGCAGGCCAACAGGUCGCUACAGGAGAAACUCGAUGAUCUACAGUUCGAGAUGAACCGCCUUCGUCGAGAACUCCAGGAGAAAGAGGGCUACAUCACCUCCAUGGAGACAAAGAUGAGCAACCUAGAGAGCUCCGUGGUUGGCCAGAGCAGCGAGAAGGACGGGAAAAUUCAGGAGCAGAUGGAAGAGAUUCGCAGGCUGAGGAUGAAGAUUGAAAGUCUGAACGACGACAUGACAGAGCGCGAACGAAAGAUGCUGGAUCUAGCGCGGGAGAAGGAGGAACUGCAGGGCCAGUAUGAGUUCUACUACUCCGAAACCAGCAAGCUUCAGACGCAAGUGACUGAGAUUCAAACCGUUCAGACCCAGAUGGGAGGCAGCACUGAGGCACUCGAAGAUGAGCUAGAAAGUCUGAGGCGCCGACUGAAAUCUGACAACGAGCACGCCAACCAGGAAGCAUUCGAGCUGCACCGCCGCAUCACCGAGCUUGAGCUCGAACGCAACACCGCGACAGAGAAGCUGAAGCACAUGGAGGUCAACAUGAGCCAGGGGAGCGGAGAGGUGGAGAAACUUCGCCAGCAGCUCCGCCGCGCCGAGCAGGAUUCCAGCAACACCGAGCUGAGGUACAACGAGAUGCACAAGGUGAACGAGAGGCUGCGAAGCGACAUGGACGACAUCCUUCACCAGCGCGACAUCGCUCAGCGCCUUAGCAAGGAACAGGAGGCCAAACUGCUGAGCCUCUCUCAGAGGCUACGGCACUUGGAGGAGCAAACGCGCACUGAGAUUCUCGACCUCCAGUCCAAGCUGCGUAACCUACAGAACGAGUACCAGUUGUUAGAUAGGAAGCAGCAAGACACCCUGGACAAACUGAGGGUAGCUGAGAGCGAGCUACAGACGGAGAGGACCGCCAGACAGAGCGGGGAGUUCUCCCAGACGACCGUCAGCAAGACGACCGUCACAAAGACCAGCGCGGCGGACCAAGAAGUGGUGAAGGCAGCUCCAGCCCAGAUGCAACAAUCGGCACCUACGCCUCGAGCGGAAGCGCUAGAGUUAAAGCUGAAACAACUCGAAGCUGACGCUCUCAAAAUGGCUGAAGAGAUGGACUCCAAGCUGCGAGGAGGUCAGCCUGACGACGACCAUGACGGUCCAGAUGGCAUGGAAAGGGUCGGGGAAGAAAAACUCGGACGUAAACCCAAGGGGCAUGGCAAGCCUCGAAGGUCUGGUUCUCACACAUCCAGUUCUUCCUCAUCAUCAUCCUCAUCUGACUCAGAAGAUGAAGGGAAAAGUUCCAAGAAGAAGCACCCUAAGAAGAAGGAUGGAGAGAAGGACAAGGAUCAUCCGAAGAAGAAGAAGGGUGUUAACUCCGACGAAGAAGAGCCUAAGAAGAAGGGAGUAGACUUCGGAGCGCUGCUGGCUGAUGCCAAGUAUCGUCCUGACAAGGUCGAGCGCAUCACAGCAGUACCGGGCGAUGAAAUGAUGUCAGUACCCAACGAGGCGAUCUCACGUCCUGACGAUGAAAACUCUCGACCAAGGUGGCAGGAUGACGCGAAGGCAGCACCUGGUGAUGAGCCAUUCUUCGCCAGCCCUGCGGAAGCUGCAAGGCAGCCGUGGGGAAAGCAAGGCGUGGUCCCUGCCGAGGAGAUGCAGUCUCGGCCUGACGAGUUGAGGGCCCGGCCGUGGAGGAAGGGCGUACCAGAAGACGUGACCAUGUCAGGCCCCGACGACACGAGCGCCCAGCCACGGAAGAAGUGGGGCACGCCCGGCAAUCCAGAUGAUGAUGACGACAUAAGGCCGUACAAGAGGGGGCCAGAUAAGGCCACACCUGGGGCGCAGGAAGAGAUGAUGAUGGCUGAUGAGAUGGAGGCGGGCGCUCCAGGCCGGAUGAGGCCGGUGGAGUUUGUCGUACCCAUCUUCAUCGAGGUGCUGUCUUCAGGAAACCUGACAGCCGAGGUGAAGCAGCCUUCCGGCCGCAUCGCCCAGCCCAAGUUCAUCGACAACCGCGACGGGUCUCUGACCAUCAAGUACACCCCGACAGAGGCAGGGCUGCAUGAGCUCGGCAUCAAGUACAACGGAGAGCAUAUACCAGGAAGCCCCAUCCAGUUCCAUGUUGAUGAGAUCAGGCCGGGACAGGUGUCAGCGUUCGGCUCGGGUCUGAGUCACGGUGUUGCCGGGCAACAGUCCAACUUCACCAUCGUCACUAAGGAUGCUGGAGCAGGUGGCCUGGCCCUGGCUGUGGAGGGUCCGUCCAAGGCUGAGAUCACCUGUCGUGACAACAAGGACGGCACCUGCAGCGUGUCCUACCUGCCCACCCAGCCUGGCGAGUACAACAUCAUCGUCAAGUUUGCAGACAGGCACAUCCCGGGCAGUCCAUUCAAGGCCAAGAUCGUUGGAGACCAGCGCAAGCCCCAGCAGGUGGCAGUUGGAGCGGCUAACGAGGUUUCGCUGAAGAUCGCGGAGCAGGACCUGAGUCUGCUCCAGGCCAGCAUCAGGAGCCCCUCGGGACACGAGGAGCCCUGCCUACUCAAGAGGCUGUCCAACGGACACAUAGGUAUUUCGUUCACACCCCGUGAGGUUGGCGAACACCUCGUCAGCGUGAAGAAGAAUGGCCGCCAUGUCGCUAACAGUCCGUUCAAGAUCCUGGUUGGUCAGCAGGAGAUCGGAGACGCCAGGAAGGUCAAGGUGAAGGGCACCGGCCUGCGUGAGUCGGCCACGUUCGAUGUGGCAGAGUUCACCGUGGAUACCAGGGAAGCAGGUUACGGAGGCCUGGGGUUGUCCAUCGAGGGACCCAGCAAGGCAGACAUUAACUGCAGGGACAACGAGGACGGUACCUGCACUGUCACCUACAGGCCGACCGAACCUGGCAACUACAUCAUCAACAUCAAGUUUGCAGAUCAGCAUGUACCAGGGAGUCCUUUCACAGUGAAAGUGACAGGAGAGGGCGCCGGCAAACACACCGAGAAGAUCACACGAAAACGACAGGCCGCAUCCGUGGCAACGGUCGGCAGCACGUGUGACCUGAACCUUAAGAUACCAGCCAAUUGGUUCCAAAUGAUACAAGCGAGCAAACGGAUAGAAACCGUGACGCGAACAGAAAUCAAAGGUGGAGUCCAUCACCAUAUCCGUGAAACCCGAGUUGUGCCAGGCGAAACCAGUCCGUUCGACCUGUCGGCCCAGGUGACCAGCCCGUCCGGGAGGACGGAAGACGCGGAGAUCGUUGAGCUGGAGAACUGCACGUACAGCGUACGGUUCGUACCGGCCGAGAUGGGCAUCCACACCGUCAGCGUCAGGUACAAGGGACAACACGUGCCUGGGAGCCCGUUCCAGUUCACGGUUGGCCCCCUUACAGAGGGUGGUGCUGGGAAGGUGCAGGCUGGAGGACCUGGGCUGGAGAGGGGAGAGGUCGGACAGCUCUCUGAGUUUACCAUCUGGACCCGUGAGGCGGGUGCGGGAGGCCUGGCCAUCGCUGUGGAGGGUCCCGCCAAGGCUGAGAUCAACUUUGAGGACAGGAAGGACGGGUCCUGCGGGGUGUCAUACAUGCCAACCGAUCCAGGAGAGUACCAGGUCAGCAUCAAGUUUAACGAUGACCACAUCCCGGGCAGUCCCUUCAGCGUGGACGUGACCCCUCCGAUGGGCGACGCUCGCCAGGUCAGCGUGUCCAGCCUGCAGGAGACCGGCCUCAAGCUCAACCAACCGGCUUCCUUCGCUGUCCAGCUGAACGGAGCGCGGCCCGGCGACCUCCAGGCUCAGGUCAUCGCUCCAUCCGGGGCACAGGAGGAGUGUAUUAUUACCGAUGUGGAGGAGGGUCAGUAUGUGGUGAGGUUCAUGCCGCGGGAGAACGGCGUCUACACUGUCCACGUGACGUACAACGGCGUGCCCAUCCCCGGCAGCCCGUUCCGUAUCCGGGCGGGGUCGACGCUCGUGGAGGGAGACGCGGGCAUGGUGCAUGCCUACGGUGCUGGCUUGGAGGGGGGAAGAACAGGAGAGAGGUGUGAGUUUAUCGUGAACACGAUCAACGCGGGAGCGGGGGCGCUGGCCAUCACGGUGGACGGCCCGUCCAAGGUGCAGCUGGACUGUGUGGAGUGCGACGAGGGCUACAAGGUGACGUACAUCCCACGGGCGCCGGGAGACUACAACAUCUCCGUCAAGUACGCCGGACAGAACCCCAUCGUGGGCAGUCCCUUCAGGGCAAGAAUCACAGGUCCAAAGAUGGCGGGCGCGGUGUCAGGCGUGCACGAGUCGUGCUCGGUCGUGGUGGAGACGGUUUCCAAGUCUUCGGCACAGGCGAGCUAUGCGGGCGGGGUGCAGGGCGUGUCCAGACUGCUGUCCGAUGCCACCAAGGUCAAGUCACAGGGCAUGGGGCUGAAGAAGGGCUUUCUGGGACAGAAGAACAGCUUCAACGUCGACUGUGGCAAUGCAGGAACAAACAUGCUGAUGGUGGGAGUACACGGGCCCAGGACGCCGUGCGAAGAGGUCAACGUGAAACACAUGGGCGGACAGAAGUACAACGUCGUGUACACCGUACGAGAAAAGGGCGAUUACGAACUCAUUGUAAAGUGGGGGGAUCAACACAUCCCUGGCAGUCCAUUCAAGGUUACGGUAACAUAACUCCGAGGUGCGGUGAUCGUAGAUCAUAGUACCACUGCCAUUGUUUAGUCAAGACCCCCCCCCCCCUGAAAAAAAGAAACAUGUAUCUACUUUUUGUAUUGUAGCUCGAAGAUAAUGCGAAGCACCGUAUACGCUAUGCAAGAGAAACAAGAGAUGUCUGCUGGUAUAACCUUAGGGCGUGGUCACUUUCGUCGUAAGUCUUUGUACGAUUUCCACGUCUUAUAGGACUUAUCAGCAUGCUGCGACAGAACCAAGUGCAGACAAGGAUCUAAGAUUGCCUUUUCGAUAAUAGGAAAGCUGAGUUUUGUUCUAUGUAUAAGCGACUUUACCAAGAAUGACCUUAACUUGUGAUCAUACGACGAUUGUACGACGAAUAUGACUACGCCCUUACAAAAGGGAGGGGCUGGGAAGAGAAUAGUUGGUGCCUUGGACCCGUGUUAUUUUGCAAUGGAAUCAAGAGAGAAAAAAAAACGGGAACAAUUUUUCCUGAAAUGUUUAAGCUGACGGCUAUUGUUGAGGAUAUGUCUUAUGAUAUUGAUAUAGAGAUAUUAAUAGUGAUAUGCAGUUGAAUUUGAAAAUGCUUCAGAGAAAGUAGAAAACCGUGAUAUAUAAAUAUGAUAACCCCAUAAGUUUUGCCAUGAGAGAGAUGUAUGCUAAAACCCUGGAGUUCUGACUUUCUAUUGGUUCUCUUGCCGGCCGACAUAGAGAGAUUAAGGUUGAAAAAUUGUAAUGGGGAAAAAUUAUAGCAAUGAUGAAUUGUGGUGAAAAAAAAGUAAGGUUGAAUGGAAGCAUUUUGUAAAGAGGACGUGAGUAGACAGCAAAUCAUGAACUGUUAGAAGUGAAUUUAUAUGAGAAAAAGAUGCCAUUUUUAUAUUGGGAGAUAGUAGGUUGUAGAUGCAAUGGAUAAUAAGAAUAGAAAUCAAAGAACAAUGUAUACAACAUACAUGCAAGGGAAUGCAUUAAAAACUAACUGUAGGUUUAAUGCUAGACUCUAUAACAAUUUUCCAACAUACGUUGGAGUGAUUUCAAAUUGACAAUGAAUAAAUGACAAUUAUACAAGAGUAAGAAAGAAAGACUACACGAGUGAAAGCUUUUGUUUUCUGCUUGCAUAUACCCCACCUCACUUAUCUGGUGGCUAAUUUAAAUUAUAGAUGUUGUUGACGAAGACUUUGCAUAAAUUUUAGAGUUGUGUUUGUAUUUUUUCAGAGUAGUAUGAUAAACGGGGUGAUGAGAGUUGAAUAAAACCACGUUAGGGUGGACCCCUAUAGAGUAACGUGCACUUGGCUAACCACGCCGCAACUGACGCUUUUCGCAUUGGUGGGGCUAACCGACGCUUAUAUAAACAAAAAUAAGGGAGUGCCUUUUCUUACGACUGUUUCUUCCUGUAGCCGCGCACACGAGUGUGACGCGUACCGUACGUACCACUCCAGAACAAAUAAAAAGGUGCUUUUGACUUUUACAACA